UUUGAAAUGGCUGAAUUUUCACUCGAUCAUAGCAGCUAGUGUGGUAUUUCCACAGAAAAACUCUAGACCUUAUCAGUUCCGAAGUAUUGACAACAAAUAGAGUGAUCAUCCAUUGACCCUUUUGGGCCAAUCCGCGCCGGUGUCGGCCUAUGGCGUGCCCGGCGGAAAGUAUCGCCAGUCCCGGGGGCCGCCAGCCGCGGGGCACAAAAUUUCCCUCGAGCUCGCAGCUGUUCCUUUCACCUUCUCUUCUGUCCAUCCUCUCUCCCCUUUUGCCUGUCUGUCUCUCCUCAUCGUUCAUCGAUUGAUUAGAGGCUACAGACUUCCUAUACCACUUCUCCAUUCAUAUACACAUCCCUCGAGCCACAAUGGUCCAGUCCUCUGUCCUCGGGUUCCCCCGCAUGGGAGUCCUGAGAGACCUCAAGAAGGCCACCGAAGCUUACUGGAGUGACAAGAUCACCCAGGACGCUCUCCUUGCUGAGGGUAAGCGUCUGCGUCUUGCUCACUGGAAGAUCCAGAAGGACGCCGGUGUCGACAUCAUCCCCUCCAACGACUUUGCCUACUACGACCAUGUCCUCGACCACAUCCAGCUCUUCAACGCCGUUCCCGAGCGUUACACCUCCCAGAAGCUUAACACCCUCGAUGAGUACUUCGCCAUGGGUCGUGGCCACCAGAAGGGCAGUGUUGACGUCCCCGCCCUGGAGAUGGUUAAGUGGUUCGACAGCAACUACCACUACGUGAAGCCCACCCUGCAGGACAACCAGACCUUCUCUCUGGCCCAGGACCCCAAGCCCGUCCGUCACUUCCUCGAGGCCAAGGAGGCCGGCAUCCACACCCGCCCCGUCCUCCUCGGUCCCGUCUCCUUCCUGGCUCUCGGUAAGGCCGACCGUGGCUCUUCUGCCGACCCCAUCACCCACCUCUCCAAGCUCGUCCCCGUCUACGUCGAGCUGCUCAAGGCCCUCAAGGCCGCUGGUGCCGAUCAGGUCCAGAUUGAUGAGCCUGUCCUCGUCUUCGACCUGAAGCCCGAGAUCAAGGCCGCUUUCAAGCCUGCCUACGAGGCCCUUGGCUCUCUCGGAGCCGCUGGUCCUCAGAUCACCAUUGCCACCUACUUCGGUGACAUUGUCCACAACACUGACGUCCUGUCGGCCUUUGCCAACGUCCACGCCCUGCACGUUGACCUGGUCCGCAACCCCGAGCAGCUCGAGACCAUCGUCAAGCAGCUCGGCCCCCAGCAGGUCCUCUCCCUGGGUGUCGUCGAUGGCCGUAACAUCUGGAAGAACAACUUCCAGAAGACCCUGGCCCUCGUUGAGAAGGCUGUCCAGGCUCUGGGCAAGGAGCGUAUCAUCAUCGCUACCUCCAGCUCCCUCCUCCACACCCCUCACACUCUCGCCAGCGAGAAGAAGCUGCCCGAGGAGGUCUACCAAUGGUUCUCCUUCGCCGUCGAGAAGGCCCACGAGGUUGUCGUCCUCGCCAAGGCCGUCACCCAGGGCCCUGCCGCCGUGCAGGCUGAGCUGGACGCCAACGCCGCCGCCAUGAAGUCGCGUGCCGAGUCCAAGCGCACCAACAACCCUGACGUCAAGGAGCGCCAGCGCCAGGUCACCCCCGAGAUGCACAACCGCAAGUCUGCUUUCGACGUCCGCUACGCCCAGCAGAAGACCCACCUCAGCCUCCCUCUCUUCCCCACCACCACCAUCGGCUCCUUCCCCCAGACCUCGGAGAUCCGUAUCCAGCGUAACAAGUUCACCAAGGGUGAGAUCACCGAGGCCGAGUAUGAUGCCUUCAUCCGCAAGGAGAUCGACCUCUGCAUCCAGAUCCAGGACGAGCUUGGCCUCGACGUCUACGUUCACGGUGAGCCGGAGCGUAACGACAUGGUCCAGUACUUCGGAGAGAGACUCGACGGUUAUGUUUUCACCACCUACGCCUGGGUCCAGUCUUACGGAUCUCGCUGCGUCCGCCCCCCCAUCAUUGUCGGUGACAUCUCUCGUCCCGCUCCCAUGACCGUCAAGGAGAGCAAGUACGCCGCCUCGGUCUCCAAGAAGCCCAUGAAGGGCAUGCUUACUGGUCCCAUCACCUGCCUCCGGUGGUCUUUCCCCCGUGAUGAUGUUCACCAGUCCGUCCAGGCUCAGCAGCUGGCUCUUGCUCUCCGCGACGAGGUUGUGGACCUUGAGAAGAACGGUAUCUUCGUCAUGGCUGUCCAAGUUGAUGAGCCUGCUCUUCGUGAGGGUCUGCCCCUCCGCUCCGGUAAGGAGCGUGAGGCUUACCUGACCUGGGCCGUCGACAGCUUCAAGCUGUCCACCGCCGGUGUCGAGGACUCCACCCAGAUCCACUCCCACUUCUGCUACUCUGAGUUCCAGGACUUCUUCCACGCCAUCGCCGCUCUGGAUGCCGAUGUCCUGUCCAUCGAGAACUCCAAGUCCGAUGCCAAGCUCCUCAAGGUCUUCAUUGAUGAGGCCUACCCCCGCCACAUCGGCCCUGGUGUCUACGACAUCCACAGCCCUCGUGUCCCCGCCCCCGAGGAGUUCAAGCAGCGCAUGCAGGAGAUGCUCGAGUACCUGCGCCCCGAGCAGCUCUGGAUCAACCCUGACUGCGGUCUUAAGACCCGUACCUGGCCUCAGGUCAAGCCUGCCCUGGCCAACAUGGUCGAGGCUGCCAAGUACUUCCGUGAGCAGUACAAGGCCUAAGCGAGUUCAACAACCUUCGCUUCUGUAUCCUGUUUCCCCACUUUUCUCUUUAAUUUUCUUCCAUCUGUCUUCUUUUUUUAUGAAUCUUCAACAGCAUGCAUUGGGUUUACGGACGGUAUGUGACGACGACAGGCUUAAAACAGGCGCCAUUCUCAACGCGGCGUUUCUUUGGGCACGGUGAUGAGCAACGACAAUCUGAUUCAACAAUUGGUCAUGGGGUUAUAAUAGAUUAAAAGUUAUGCUUAGCGGCUCUUCAACAAGAGACCGGGUAGAUAGCAGAUAGCAUCAACUUGACAGGGAC